UGGAGAAACACUUGCAAACUAGAAACAUGGGAAGUUUCUGUGAACCUUUUCUUAGCAGUCGACUAUUUUGAGACCUCCGACAGAUGUUUGAUGUUGCCGCAAUUAGAUUGUACAAUCCGACGCUAUAGUACCAACCUAAGGUGCUACUCUCCACUCAUAACAAAGUAUCUUAUGUAUUCAACAAGCCACCCUGUUUUCCCACCUCUCGCAAGGAAAACAGCAUCAGCUCAAGUUCCCCAUCUGAGCUUUCUCGUUAGAUGAGCAUCCAUUGAAUCGUGGGGGCUGCGGGUUUCGACCGUCUUUACCGCAGCUCAAUUAUUUAAACCCCAGUUGAUAUUGCAAAAAUCCCCGGAACGGUUACAGCUCUUCCGAGAGACAAUUGUCGAACCACAUAUCAUAUUGUGGCUACACGGUAACUGGUUCGCUCGGCUGUUUUGCGCAUCUUUACCGUUCUGUGUGGCUCCUUGCAUUAGAUACCGCUGUCUCUGACCCAGCCAUGCAGCCAGCCUCAGUCUUUCAGCUUUGUCCGGCACAUGCCAACUAUUGAAAGGGGCACGCCUAGCAUGGCUGCGCCCAAAGCCACAGCGCAGUGAAUACGAGCCGUGCUGCAAGGCGUACAGUCCGGACUGAUAGUAUGUUUUUCUAUCAGGAUCUCAUGAUAAGAAAUUCUUAUUUCGGUUGGUAAAUCAGUUUUACGCGAGAUAAGCUGUUUUCAUUUGGCUGGUUCAUUUUGUUUGUGAUCACCCAUAGGACUGGCGCUUCAAUCCUGUGCUUUGUCCAACAUGACACCAAAAUUGAUGACGAUAUACCAAAUUAGUCACAACGCAAGAUUGGAACUUAUGAGGGCCACAUACUCAUGUAUCUAGAUAUAUACAGUCAAAUAGCCUAGAGAAUCGCAUGCUCUGUAUUUCAUCUGCUACAAGCAAUUUUGCAUUGUAAGAUAGGAACUGUAGGGUAUGCGCCUCCAACGGCCCGCACCCGCACCCGUACCCGUCUUUAACAAGCGCCGGGCGCCUCAUGAUGCAUACAGAAUUGAAUGCAUUGUUAUUCUCCUGGUUCCAUUGUGAAUACAACUGACUGACUGUCCGUCUCUGGGCACAUAGAAGCAAAAUACUGGUGGUACUGGGUAUAGUUAGUAUUUUGGGAGGCCUAACAUGGUACGUCGCCUGAUCAUGAUGUGAAACAUUACCAAGGCACCCAUCCAUAAUUCAACAAGUGCUGCGGUUUGCCGCCCAUCUUUCUAUGGUCACUGCUAUACGCGCCUUUCAACCCCGGAUAGCGACAUGGAUAGACCCAAGCAGAUAGACUGGUUGGUCACCCAUGUCCCACAGAGCCAACAAUCUUGUUGGUUGCGAUUCGUGAUAGAGGCACUGCUCUUGUCUGUUGGGUUCUUAACAACUCAUCCCCACCUUAGAAGCUGGUUGUUUUUCCAUAUUCUCAAUAUAACUGUAUAUUACUAUUUAUCCUUUAUUUUGGUUGUAGGCUUAUGCCAUAAGCAUUCAUCUUCUGAUUCACAACGGAGAUGGAGGCCGCCGCAAGCAUUAUUGCAUUUGUCCAAAUCUCGACAGAAAUUGGGAAAUGUAUCAUCAAGACGAAGAAGUUGUGGGACCAAGCCCAAGAUCUACCUCUGGAAACACAGCUUCUUUUAACACGUCUACAAGGCUAUAAAUCUAUAUUUGAAGCUCUAGAUCAGCAAUAUCCGAACCAGCAAUCUUUCAACAUGCUGCCUACAUUUUCGCUGGUGCAAGAUAACUUGCGAGCUUCAAUGGAGGCGUUAGAGUUGCUUAGACAAAACGCAGAUUAUGUAUCCUCGAAACUCGAAGUCAAGACUGGGCUGAAGCGGAAGCUUGCCGCUGUGAAGAUAGCCAUUGGAAAGGAAAGCUCAGAUCGACUCAUCACCAGACUGAAUGAGUCAGUAACAUUACUGAGCUUGGCGCUACAGACUUGGAGUAUGACCAUCACGAUAAUGACGCCCGAUCUAAUUGCGAAUCAACUCACUAAAGCUCUCAAGAACCAUUGUGAAAGUUCUCAAUCUGAAAAGAAACCCCUAAUCGAAGCCCAAACGGAAAGUAAAUCUCUUUACGAUGUCACAGCGAUUGACGAAGGUCAACUACCACGUAAGCCGAAAGACGAUGUAAAGCUCAACAAGAAAUAUACCGCUUCGAGAUUUGGCCGUUUCGUCAUGGCAUAUGCCACGACCACUGGUGCGUGGCAGGCGUACCUUCAACUGCCAAGUUGGCUUUCAUCGUCCGUAUAUGAACUACAAUCGACUCCAACUGGCUACGGCUGGACAUACAACUAUCGGGUGUACAACCUCGUUUCAUCCAAAUCUGAUAUUAUCCGGAAGAUAAAACAAGGAGAUAGGGAUGGCAUUCUUGAACUAUUCGGAGCCCGGAAAGCAUCUCCAUUCGACAAAGAUGAAUAUGGACAAUCUCUUCUCUAUCACGCUGCGAAGAGCAAAAGCUUAGAAAUUUGUCAGUUGCUGCUUAGCUUGGGGCUUCGAGAAGCCUUGGUUGAGAAACCUGGCCCAUAUGGAGAGAGUCCAUUGGCACCGCCAGUGCUCGUUCCCAGUCGAAGCCACCCGGAGAAAACAUGGCUUAAGAUUGCAGGAUUAUUCCAGUCAUACAUGGAUGAGCCAGAGACCAGUAUGGUUCUGCGUAUGUUCGAGUAUCACAAAACUUGCGAUUAUGGUGACGAGUACGUUAGAAUCUUUCGACAAAGAUUCUUGCCUAACUACUACCAUGGCCCACUAAUCCAUCGCUUGGAAGCCUUUCGGCUCGGUUCUUUUCAUUGCCAAGAUUUUACAACACUCAAAGUGCUUCUGGCCGAAGACCGGAAGUUUACCAGCUUCGACGUUAGUGAGUCAAGCCGCACUGGCUUUUCACUCGUGCACUCCAUAGUUGUGGCAUUCAGCAUUCGGUUCGCGGAUGAAGUCCUUCCGUUUAAGAGAGACUGGAUUAUGUGGUAUCUAUCGCCCUUCGGAGAUCAUUGGAGUCACAUGGUACAAGGGGUAGCCUCAGUUGCUACCGCGAAUGAUUUGCACACAGUUGAGAAAAUCCAACCUUGGGACGUAUACCAAGUUCCAUGUUGGAGAGGUACACCCUUGAUUUCAGUGAUCGGCGGAGCCCUUUGCUAUCUGUCACCGGAUAUCAGUUUCGUUCACUGGGACAAUGUCUUCCAGGAAUGCAUCCAGAAGUGGGCUUCACUCUUACAACUAAGCGGAGUUGACCUGAUGCUCUAUGGAGAACAAGAAGCUGCAAACCUCAACAAAUAUUUCCGCUCAUCUUUCGAUAUGAGUGCAAUAGAGGCGUCGAGAAACGAGAUUCGAAAUGUUAUGCCCCGAGGGAGUGCCAGAAUGACAUUUCGACGAGCAGAGCGUGCUGAUCGAGAGAGGUGGAAUGAAAACCACUGGGUACCUAUUCGACUUUUGAAACUCAAGUUUGGCCAAACGCCUGGGGAAUGGAAAAUAAGUUGGGCGCCGGAAUUUGAAUGCAUGGCAAAUGAGUUUUGGCAGAUGGUAGACAAGGGCGAAACCACAAUGCCUGGGUCAUGGGUUGAUGGAUAACAAAUGCAGUUGGCAGGCCAUGAUCAACAGCGAAAGCAAACAGCAUCAUUUGUGUGACAUAUCUCUCACCUCCAUCGAGAAUUGCUAUUGCUAUUUGAAUAGUCGUUAUCCAUAGUCUGGUUCAAGGACAAGUAUCUAACGUUAUAUUUGUUAAACAGAUAAUACGGAGUAGAUCCGGUAACGGUAUCUUCAUCGGCAGCAAGCCGUGGCCCGUGCCGCUAAUAAACAGUCUACUGACAAUUCCG